CCUGCUCACCAUCCGAAGGCUUCGAACGAACCGUUUCCAACGCUCUCCAGCUGACACGCGCUGUCAUAGCGCCACGGCGGCGUCUCGGUUUACACAAAAACGAAAUCGCGCGACCUUGCGCUGUUCGGGUAGGGGGGGUAGCAGAACCGAAUGUAACCUCGAGGUAAUUCAAGGGGUGGUGGUGCAGUGCCGUAGUGGCAUGGUGGAUGGUGGAAAUCGAACCGACAAACGUUUACGUAAACACGUACGCCUCGUGCGCGGUGAAGAACAUCCGAAAUGCGCUCAGCAGCAGCAGCAUCAUCAUCGUCUCGCUGAACCUGUUUGGCCGUCGUUUGUUUACAACCGUAGCGGAGGCUGCAGCUUAGUGGAUUCGCAGUAGGCUACCCCGUGGUCUCCCGUCGCGUGCUACAGACCAAGCAAGCAAGCAAGUGGUUCCCAGUGCAGUGAAAAGAAGGCUGGUUGCGGUAGUGGAUGCCCCAAAAAGGAGUAAAAGAACUUCUAUUUAUAGCAUUCGCACAUGGUGUGCGCGCUCGCGGGGACGGUGGCGCGGUGCGGUAUGAGUUGUUUUUGUUUUUUUCCCGAAGCCGCAUACGUAACACGUAACCCCGUGCAGAAGACAGAUAGCUCGCAGUGGUACAAACGCGAAUCGUGAUCGUUCUAGUGGUGAUGACGAUGGUGUACCUUGAAAUCGGUGAACCAAAGUAACCGCUGGCAUGGUCUAUGCCAACGCCAACCCGGUUCCUGUUCCCGUUUGAACGUUCCUAGAGGAUUGCUCGGCGUCGUGUCACGCCGCAAACGCACGACGAUCCAUUCAUCGCAUUCCGCGUGUGGUGCUUCAAAGAACGGCCGCAAAGUGUGACUUUGUUGAGUGAAUGUACUUGUGUCGCCGCAUCGUCACACCUUCCCGAAAUACCCGUGGGCCAAGCAUGAGUGUGGCCUUCACCGUUCGUUGAGUAGUUUGUCAACUCGUUCCGAGCCCCGAACAGCGAAGCACGAUAACGUAACGUUACGCUACAGCCGGCGUAGCUUCUUCUUCGCAAAAGGCGGAAGCACUCCUCAGAAGGCCAAAGCGAAGAAGGUUCGGAUCGCCGGCGGGGUAUGGAACGAUCAGCUGUAGCUGUAAUCGAUCGCCGUUGAUGUUGUUGUUGCUGCCGCAGCCGUUGGGUUGCUGUGGUGGCGUCUUUACGGCCAUCUCACGACGUCCGUGCGUGCACUCUGUUCUAACCGAUUCACGCCGUGCGUUUAGCUAGAAAGUGCCACUAUCCUCUCGUCGCUGUUGUUUGCUCGAUGGUGAUAUAACACGCUCAGCAGGGUGGUGCGCGAUUUGGUGGCCCCAUACAAAAAAGCGCUGUGUGUGUGCUGUGCGUGCAUUCCAGCACGUGCUCCGUCAUCCCUAUGAGAGCGGUUCCUAUGCAUACCGUGCUAGCGGCCUACUUCACCUUUGGUAGCCAGCAGCAGCAACAGCAGCAACUACAGCAGAGAGUGAGGUGAAACGAAUGCGCGCAGCGAAAGUGUUGUUGCGAUCCGAGUGAGCCGCGUCUGUAGGACUCUGCACGCCUCUUGGGCCUCUUGGGGAUUCAAGGUCAAAAUCAUCCUCAGUAGGCAGCGCGAUGGAUCGUGAAAAGAACGAGGCGUCUUCCAACUCGGGCAUAGCAGGCGGUGCGGCCGGAUGCAUCACGCGCUUCAUCUGCCAGCCGCUCGAUGUGCUAAAGAUCCGGUUCCAGCUGCAGGUGGAACCGCUCAGCGAGGAGCACAUGACCUCCAAGUACCGCACGAUCGCCCAAUCGACCCGGCUCGUGUACCGUGAGGAGGGACUGCGCGCCUUCUGGAAGGGCCACAACCCUGCCCAGGUGCUGUCAAUCAUCUACGGCGUGGCACAGUUCUCAUCGUACGAGCGCUUUAACCACGUGCUGCGCACAAUCGACACGUUCGAGCGGCACCACAACGCGCGCAACUUUAUCUGCGGGGCCACGAGCGGCACCGUGGCGACGGUGAUAACGCUGCCGCUCGACGUCGUCCGUACGCGGCUGAUUUCGCAAGAUCCAGGCCGCGGGUACCGUAGCUCGGUGCAGGGUUUGAAGCUGAUCUACCUGCACGAGGGGGUGCGCGGACUUUACCGGGGGCUGGGUCCGAGCGUACUCCAGAUUGCUCCGCUGACCGGGGGCCAGUUCAUGUUCUACAACAUCUUCGGCAGCAUGUUCCGACAGUAUUUCAACAUCAGCACCAGUGAGACGCUGCCCGCCAUCGAACUGUUCAUCUGCGGUGGACUGGCCGGUAUCUGCACCAAGCUGCUCGUCUAUCCGCUCGAUCUGGCCAAGAAGCGGCUGCAGAUCCAGGGGUUCGCCAAAAGCCGCCAAACGUACGGGCGGCACUUUGUGUGUGAUAACAUGUUCCACUGUCUCUACAGUAUCGCUCGGCAGGAAGGGCUGAUCGGACUGUACAAGGGUCUCUAUCCGGCGCUGCUGAAGGCGUGCUUCAUGUCUGCCUUCUACUUCGCCAUCUACGACGAAAUGGUGCUCAUACUGAACCACUGAUAGUAGUGGGCCCCCCGACCAUCCCCGUCCUCGUUCCUCGCAACGCCUGUGUACUUACACCUUUUCCUCCCCGGAUCCUUCGAGGACCUCGAAUAACGAGCACUAGUGCGAAAUGCCUUGCGAAUGUCGCAUAAAUCUUCAUCAGUACACGUGUAGCCGCUUCUUACCCUCAUUUGGGUGUCCUUAUCAUGAAAAGGAGGGGGCAGAACUGUAGCAAGUAAGAGUAAUAGAGCCUAAAAGCACAACCGGAUCGUCGUCAGGGUCGGUGGUAGACGUGAACUCUAGACUGUUGUUCCCAAUGGCACCGCCGCCUUUGUGCCGGGUAGCUUCUUGUACUUAAUGUUUUCGUUAAAAUCCGCUAGAAGGACCCAGACGCAAAUUAAUUAUUGGUGUGCUGCGGUUUAUCCAUCCCAGUAACAUUAGGCGAGUUUCGAAACUUUGCCAACUAAAAAUAAAACGCGAAAACGAACGAAUUAGGGUGACGGCGAAGCGAGCGACAUUAACUCUCAGGAAGUUUAUAUAAUUUACCGAUAAGAGCCUUGACGGGAAGCGUUAUCCUAAUAAGAUUAAUAUUUGAGUGCUGCUUCUUCAACGUGUUCUUCACACAAACAAAACAGGGUUUGCUACUUCCGGUUCAAACACUCGCCUCGAGUGAGCGUAGUAAAGCGGCAGAGCAGAGGUAGUAACGGUCACUUUAAGUUCCUUUCUAGUUUUAUGUCGCCACGAAUCAUACGUACAGUACCGCGUUCAGGUGUAGCAAGCACAAGGCAGCAUCCCCGAAGGAGGCAUAGUUAUAAGAAACGCACAGUUGAAAAACAGUUCGAAAUACACAUCCACACCGUACACACCGUAGCCAGCGCACUCCCAGGAACCAGUGAAAUGCUUCAAUGCUACUCCAUGUGCUUAUUAUUGCCCCGAAAUGGUUGCUGUUUUGCUUUUGCAUAUCCGCGACAAAACACACAGUAGCCAGAAUGCGAGAGUAUCUCAUGACAAGAUGUUCCAGCGCCAGUACAUCUCACCAAGAAACGUCCCCACCAAAAAAGUUGACCGGAUCACCCGUAGAAGAUUGAAUUGUUAAAAAUUAAACGCAAUGAAGGGCAGAAACUACGCAAACAGCACUAUGUGAUCGCUUAGAGAAAUAUGUAUGCCGCAAGUUGCAGGACGGCAGUGGUGGAACCAUGGACAUGUGCACAUUCAUUCUACAUGCAUACGGCCGUAUGGUAAGCAGCGACAAUAAACCGGAGGAGAAGUGGAUUGAGAUUGUGGAUUCGAUGGACUCCGAAGAGGGUAAAUAAAAGUGUCGAUCAGUGAGCUAUCAGUAUGUUGUGUAUGUCUAGAAGCGAAAUGUCAAUUAGGGCAACAGUGACUGUAAAAUGGUUCUAAUAAUGUUCCGAAUAAACUAUGUAUCAUAUCUUUAAA